CGACUGCUGCGCCUGUCAGAGCGCCAAGAGACAACCUCGAAAAUGAAACAGAACACCCGUGUCCUUCCCGCUCUCUCCGCCUGCACAGGGCACAGCGUGGCCGCGACCAGCGGCAGGGGGCCGGGAAGCGAGGGAGAGCCGGGGUCCGUCCAGGGACGAGCCGGGCUCCUCUGGGAGCGACACCCCCGGGCCCGCCGGCUGCAGAGUCUCCGCCGCCGGGGGCGGGCGGAGGCGCCUCGGGCGGGCAGCUACCGCUGAGGCCUGCGACGGAUGUUCCGGGUGAGCCGCCUGCCGCUCCCGAGGCCGGGCAGGGCCCCGCGGCCCCUGCUGGCAGGGCUGGCUGCUGUUUUCUACAUUGAAGCAGUCCUGGGGCAAAUAUUGUGUCCUAAGGUGAUGGACAACUACGUGGCAUCGAUGGUGCUGAGCGGGGUUGGUGACACGCUGGGAUAUUACAAUGGGAGGUGGGAGUUCCUGCAGAGCGGCCCAGCCAUCCACAGGGAGCUGGCAGAGAUGGGGGGACUCAGCAACCUGAGCAUCCGAGGCUGGAAAGUCAGCGAUGAUACGGUGAUGCACCUGGCCACAGCUGAAGCCCUGGUAGCUGCUGGGAAACAAGCAAGUUUGGCACAUCUCUAUUCCCUGAUUGCAAAGAACUACAAGGAGUGCAUGAAUGACAUGAAGGGCAGAGCUCCAGGUGCCAUGUGUGAGGCAAACGCUCUGAAGCUGGAUCCCGGGCGGCCGGAUGGCUGGAGGGUCCCGUUCAGCCCCCGGGCAGGAGGCUGCGGGGCCGCCAUGCGCUCCAUGUGCAUCGGGCUGCGCUUCUGCCACCCCACCGAGCUGGACACCCUGGUGCAAGUCAGUAUAGAGAGCGGCCGCAUGACCCACCAUCACCCAACCGGCUACCUGGGGUCCCUGGCUUCGGCCCUCUUCACGGCUUUUGCGGUGAAUGGCGUGCCCCCCCCGGCCUGGGGGAAGAGGCUGCUGGAGGUGCUGCCGCGGGCGAAAGCCUACGUGCGGGACACCGGCUUCUUCGUGGAGGAGAACAUGGGGCAGUGGCGUUACUUCGAAGAGCAAUGGGAGAAAUACCUGGAGGAGAGAGGCAUAUCGGAUGGGGUCUCGCUGCCCACCUUCCCCCCAAAGUAUGGUGUGGAAGAGAGAGACUCGUUCUACACCUCCCUCAGCUACGACGGCUGGGGGGGCAGCAGCGGGCACGACGCCCCCAUGAUCGCUUACGACGCGCUGCUGGGCGCAGGGGACUCCUGGACGGAGCUGGCUCACCGGGCCUUCUUCCACGGGGGCGACAGCGACUCUACCGCCGCCAUCGCGGCCUGCUGGUGGGGGGCCAUGCACGGCUUCCGGGGGGUCAACACCUCCCUCUAUGCUGACCUGGAGUACAGGGACCGCCUGGAGCAGGUGGCCAGGGACUUGUACCGCAUCACCUAGUCAGGGGGUGACAAGGGCCCCCCGGGAUGUGCUUGCCCCUCCUGCCGCGCCUUGUUCACUCAAGGUUCUGCAAACGGUUUGCAAACCCACUGGAUUAAAGCAUGCGAGUGUAAGCCAGA